CAAAAUCCAUUGUUGAUUUGCUUCAUCUCGAUGCUUGGCAAGUCUCCACAUCGAUAUAUCGAUACAAGAGUUUCUCGAAAUGAUGAUAACAUACUGAGUCUAUCUGAUAGUCUCAGUAUGUUUAUUUGUUAGUGCUGGUUGUUUGUAUCUUCCUUAAAUGUUGAACAUUUUUUGCAAUCAUUUUCCAUAUUUUGAUUUAUUUUACAAUCAAUUUGCUAGUGAUCUUAUUGACAAUGCCAGGAUUUACGGGUACUCUCAAGUUGACCAUAAUUGAAGCGAUCGAGUUAAAGCCAACCGAAUAUUCAACCAGACAUGGAAAUGUUGUUUCUAAAUCAUUGGAUCCUUAUGUUUCAAUUGAUGUUGAUGAUAUUCAUAUUGAUCGUACAUCAACUAAGCAGAAAAAUUUUCACCCAAUUUGGAAUGAAAAUUUCUGUACAGAGGUUCAUAAUGCUCAGAGUUUGUUGUUAACCGUUUUUCAUGAUGCUGCUAUUCCUCCAGAUGAUUUUGUUGCUAAUUGUUCAAUCAUAAUUGAUGAUAUACUUAAUGAUGGAAGGAAUAAAGAUACAAAUGAUUUCUGGAUUGAUUUGGAACCGGAAGGGAAAAUCCAUGUUGCAAUCGAUCUUAUUGAUGCCAAUAAAGAUGGAAAAGUCGAUAAAAAGCCCAAAGAGUUCAAAGAACGCGCUGGAUUCAAUCGCCGUCGAGGUGCAAUGCGACGUCGAGUUCAUCAAGUUAACGAACAUAAAUUUAUGGCCACUUUUCAUCCUCAGCCAACAUUUUGUUCACAUUGUCGUGAAUUCAUCUGGGGUAUCGGUAAACAGGGUUACCAGUGUCAAGUUUGUACCUGUGUUGUUCAUAAAAGAUGCCACGAAUUUGUAGUUACUAAAUGUCCAGGUUCCAAAGAUAAAAGUGCAGAUGAGUCAUCUGAAAGUCGUUUUAAUAUAAAUGUACCUCAUCGGUUUGUUGUUCACAAUUACAAGAGACCAACUUUCUGUGAUCAUUGUGGCUCAAUGUUAUAUGGAUUCUUCCGUCAAGGUCUUCAAUGUGAAGCAUGUAGUAUGAAUGUACACAAAAGAUGUCACAAGAAUGUUGCCAACAAUUGCGGAAUUAAUCCCAAACAAUUAGCCGAAACUCUGAGUGCUAUGGGAAUUUCUGGAGAUAAAUUAAAUCGUAGGAAAAAGAAACCAUUCAUUGGCGAUUCAACGAAAUGUGGCCAAUCUACAAUCUCUGAGCGUUCCAAUACAUCACCAUUACCUUGUGCUGCUGAUUUUGGAGAACGAGGUCUUUUAUUAGGUGACUUAUCAUCUUCUGAUAUGAUGGUUGGUCGUUUAUCAUUCAAGGAUAUGCCGUCCACUAGUAGAGAUCAUAGUAGUAGAAAUCUAAGAGAUAGAAAUCUUCAGACUAUCAUUGAUAGGACGAUAAUGGAACUUGGUGAAAAGGAUAAGCGUCCAAGGAAAUAUGGACUAGAUGAUUUCAAGUUCAUCAAAGUUCUGGGAAAGGGAAGCUUUGGAAAGGUGAUGCUCGCUGAAUUCAGAGAUACAGAAGAAGUUUAUGCGGUCAAAGUUCUGAAGAAAGAUGUUAUUCUACAAGAUGAUGAUGUCGAUUGUACGAUGACAGAGAAAAGGAUUCUUACUCUUUCAGCGAAACACCCGUUUCUUACUGCCCUACAUUCUUGCUUCCAAACUGAGGAUCGAUUAUUUUUUGUUAUGGAAUAUGUUAACGGAGGUGACCUUAUGUUUCAAAUCCAAAGAGCCCGAAAAUUUGAUGAAGCAAGAGCUCGAUUCUAUGCAGCCGAAGUUACUUUGGCUCUUAUGUUUCUUCAUAGUCAUGGAGUUAUUUACAGGGACUUGAAACUUGAUAACAUUCUUUUGGACUGUGAAGGUCAUUGUAAAAUUGCCGAUUUUGGUAUGUGCAAAGAGGGUAUUCGAGAAAAUGUAACAACAACUACUUUCUGUGGGACACCGGACUAUAUUGCACCUGAGAUUUUACAAGAACUUGAUUAUGGUCCGUCAGUCGAUUGGUGGGCUCUUGGUGUGUUAAUGUACGAAAUGAUGGCCGGACAACCGCCUUUCGAAGCUGAUAAUGAAGAAGAUCUUUUCGAUUCGAUUUUACGAGACGAGGUUUUAUAUCCAGUUUGGCUCAGCAAAGAAGCUGUUUCAGUUCUCAAAGGAUUUAUGACGAAAGAACCGUCGAAAAGACUUGGAUGUGUUGCUAGUAAAGGUGAAGAAAACGCUAUUCUUAUUCAUCCAUUUUUCAAAGAAAUCGAUUGGAUCGCAUUGGAAGCGAGAAAAGUGAAACCACCAUUUAAACCUAAAAUCAAAACAAAACGAGAUGUGAACAAUUUUGAUCAAGAUUUUACCAAAGAAGAGCCCGUUUUAACUCCCGUUAAUAUCGAAGUCCUCAGAACGAUAAACCAAGAAGAGUUCAAAGGAUUUUCAUUUGUCAAUAUUGAUUUUAAUCCAAAUCGUUUUACCUCCGAUGCUCCACCAUCAUAACGAAUCUUAAUUAUUAGACAUCUCAAGGGUCUCAACCACUUAAUCAACCAGCCAAUUUAUUGAUACAUACUCAAAAUUGAACAUUUCAUUUCAUUUAUCGAAAGAACAAUUCGAACAAAUCAUAAAAUUAUAUAAAUACAUACAAAGACAUCACCAAGAUGUAAUAUAUAAAACAGACCUUUGUAUUAUAAAUGCAAUAUAGCGACAUCACUCAUCAUGAUAACCAUUCUAAUCAUCAUCUUCAUCACCUCCGAUCAUCAAUGUUCAUCUUAUUAUCAUCUGAACCAAUAAUUUAUGAGAAAAGAAAACAACUCAUCAAAAGCUCAUUUCGUUGUCGAUAGCAAACCAAAAAUUUGAAGUAGCUCAUCGAUUGCACGUUCGUCCUCAUCCGAUAUGUUUUUUUGUUGUUUUUCUUUUGGGAAGGGGAAAAACGAGGGACAAACUUUGGCCCAUAACCACCAAUCAAGAUCAAAUCAAGAAGAAAAAAAAAAUAAAGAAAAUGUAUUCUCAGAAUCAAUUAACUUGGAAUUGGAAAUUUACUUGUCAACCUUUUCACCCAAAGACAAUUUAGUUGAUUUUUACUUUAACCAGUAUUUUUUAGGCGUCAAUGCAGAUGAGUUUUCACACUUGAAGAUGAAAAAAGAAAUAAUCAAAAUUGAAACUACCUGUUGAACCAAUUGAUUGUCGAUAUUUUUGCAAAUCUUGCAGAAUAAUAUUUCCCACCAACAAUUAAUAGAUGAACUGGCGACAUCACUAAUGUAAAACAAUUAGUCAGUAGUUUUGUAAAUUGUGAUUGAUCACCAAGUUUAUUAAAAAUCUAAUUACAAC